AUGGAUGGCGGUUCAUCCUCAACAGCAAGCGCACAAGGCCGCCAAAAGCGUGUCUUGCCCACGCGAUCUCGACGAGGAGGUCCUGGGGUGGGCCACUGCGAGGUCGAUACCUUGAUUCUGGACACCCAUAAGCGCAAAUUUGAAAUCCAACCAUUGAUCCCAGAAAACACGAACUUCUUCCUUACAACCAACCCAGCCUUUGCCGCCGACACCGACUCGACAAAUGAUUCAGAGACCGGUAUUCGAAUAAACAUAGUUCCUAAUGAACGGUACUUCGAGCGUCCUGAAGUUCUCAAAGCAUACCGGGAGCAAGCAACUAUCCAAACCCCCGAAUUCGAGAGCAUUGGAGAAUCUUCAACCGUCGGUGGUCGCUUUAGACCUCGGGGCAUGGAAGACGAAAGUGCUGAAACCUCGGAUGCAGCUUAUGAGAAACGACAUAGGAAGUUCGAAACUUUCGAAAAACGGCAACGCCUUCGCGAAAAGGAAAAACUCAAGCACGAGCAUUACAAACUGAAGGAGAGGAUCGAACAAUUGCGUGGCAUGGAUGGGUCAGCUUUCAUGAGUCUUCCAGCAACUUACUUCACCCCCCCGUCUCCGACAACAGCUAGUGAUGCCGAAGAACUAGCGGAGAGCAGUCUGUACACAAUGAACGGGGGAAUACCCAACGUAGAAGGAGAAAGACGGAGAAAGGAAAUGCUGGAUAUGGCUAUCAAGCUCGAAAAGCGGUACCAAUACCUUCUUCCCCCCGACAGAGUUCGCAAGCCUCAAGAACCAACAGGCUUCAGGAAGGAUACGGAGAGUCGAGACGGAGAGGAAUCCGAUACGGACAGGAUAUCUAAUGCUGAGGCGGCCAGGAAGGAUACUGCAAGUCUCAAGCUUCGCAUCGCUGUGCGAUCCAGCGCCUCGAGCACACCAGCGCCUUCUCCUGCUGCAGCAAAGCUCACUGUACCCAAGAAACCAAGAGGUGCCGCCAGCACACCGAAACAACCGCCAGUUGCCCGUGCCACACAAAACAACAUCUCAACUCCGCCAGCUCCUCUUCAUCUAAGCGAGCAAAGUCCUCUCACCUCGAGUCCCUUUGUUGACGUCGAAAUGGAAACACCUGAACCCAGUCGUCAGGCGACUCCUCCUGUGCCCGAGUCACAACAAGAGGAAACAAUGCCUGUCGCCCCAGCCCCAGUUUACCGUGAAAUCUCGUCAAAUAUCACCACCUCGCAGGCACCUCUACCUCAACAAAAUGGAAGCUCCCAAAAUGAAGAAUCGCCGAUCGCGUCUGCCACCAGCCAAGUGGCUGGCAAACCAGUGUCGAAACCCGGGGCUGAUAAGCAACUUCUACCUAAGAAGAGCAUUGAUGUACAAAUGGCGGAUGACGGCGAGUCCGAAAAGGUUGAUUCGGAGGGCGAACAAGAGGAACCAGGACCGGAGGUCCCUGAAACGGCACCCGAGCCUGGGGAAGGUGCUGCAAACACUUCAAUACCCACAGAAGGAGAGCAAGGUGACGAUUCUAUGGAUAUCGAUGUGGAAACACAGGAAGACGAGGCUCAGAACGAGGAGGAAGUCUCGUCCGAAGUUCGCGAGCUUUCGACUAGGAUGGAGCAAACAACCGUAGCAGAGCCGCCGGCUGAAGAAAUUGCUGUUACACAGCAGCCUGAGGCCGGAGAAGAAGGGGUGCCAUUAACUGCCCCAGUUCCUACUGAACACCUCGAAUCCAUUUCAACGCGUCCUGUCAAGAGGAGAAGGAAAAACGCGAAGGUGCAGGAGCCCUCUCCAUCUAGGACCCCAUCACCUCAGCCAGAAGAGGCCUCUUCAAGCCGUGUCGGGCGCAAGAAGGCACCCAGAGGUUCAGUUACCUUCAUAAACAGUGCUGGCGUAAAGGAGAAUACGACAUCCGUCAUGCUACGUGCUGCUCUUCGAAGUGGAGGGCGAGCCCAACGUGGUACAAACUCUUUCGGUAUUGCAACCCCCGCAUUCCCAGAAAUCGAGUUUGAAUUACCGGAAGAGCUCCUUUAUGGUGUUUACGAACGCCGUAAUAGGGAGUCGCAGGCGACAGCAGCUGGCGACGCUGGAGGGAGUGGCGAUGCAGAUGCUUCUGGCCCUACCGACGGAGAAGUGGCACCUGGUGUAGGAGAUGUUAACGGCCAUACACCUGACGAAGAGGUACAUGCUCCUGAACCGGUGACUGUGCCCAGCCCUGGCAAAGAAGCUACACCGGCUCCUGGAGUGAUGCCCACUGAAGCAAAGGAGACUUCGUUGAGUCCUCCCCCUGAGGAAGUGCCAACAAGCGCUAUUCGUGACGCUCCGCCUAGUCCUGGACGAGAGGGCUUAUCUCCUCGUGGACCAGAAGUUGUACCUGUCAUCCCAAGCGAACCAGAACCUGCGCCGAUUGGGGAACCAGCCCCGGCACCAGCCCCAGCCCCAGCCCCAGAGGCACCAUCCGUGGAUGCUUCUGUACUCAGCGGACGUGGAAGGGGUGGAAGGGGCCGCGUUCGUGGACGUGGACGUGGACGUGGUAGAGGUAGAGGAGCCCGAACUAUGCAUAGCAGCCCCCCUCCUGAACGAUCGUCUAGUCCGGAGGACAACGCAGGGCCCACGCAUCAAGAGGACCUCGCCAACGCCAUCAAUGCAGCGAUACAACAAAACGGAGGUAUCUCUGAGCCGGACACGCCGCCCAAACCAGUUGUGAAGCCACGCCGGAGAGGACGUCCGCCGAAGAACAAACCGGUCGAGGUUCCUCCGCAAGAGCCUGUUCCAGCACCUAUGGAUGUUGAGCCUCCGCGGGCAGAGACCACGGAACAGGCGCCAGAGCAGAUACACGUCGAGAAGGGCGUCGAAAAGAGUGUCGAGCAUGGUGGCGAGCAUGGUGGCGAGAAUGGUGUUGUGAAGGACAUCUCUGUUCAGCAGGAGCCAGCGGAGCCCGUCCCAGAGGAGGUAGCGACUGUCGAACCUGCUGAGCCACCUGCUCCGACCGAAGCUAUCAAGUCUCCCGCCGCAGCGGUGCAGACCGUGGAAGAGCAGCCUCAGCCAGCUGUGGAUGAUGAUGAUGAUGAUGCAGUGUCAAUGGAAAUGGAGUCUCCAGAGCCCGACCCCGAACUCGACAUCACGCCCGUUGAGGAGAUCGAAACGGGUGUACGUCCAAGAGAGUUAUCAAGACAUACGGAUGACCUCGAGGAGCAACUCGAAUGGUGA